AAAAAUUGCAGAGUGGUUGACGUCUCUCCCUUGCUCUGUAUCACCUCCUAUGACAUUGCAUUAAUGAUUUAACAAAGGCAGACGCGCGUUGAUAGGUUAGGCGACUUCAACAUGGAAGCAGAGGACGAACCAUGGAAUGAGAAUGACUAUACUUUUGAGAGACGUCGCCUUACUGUUCACAAGAAGGAGCACACGGAAGACCCGGACUAUGAGCAGCCACAUACACACCUUCAUGUGACUGCGCAAGCUGAGCAGGAGGUUGAAGGCGAUAUGGUGCUGGACUCGGGUCCACAGCUGGUCCUCCCCAAGUCGGAGGUUUGCUGCUUGGUGAAGGGUUGCCAUGCGGAUUUAUCGAGGAGUAAGGCAUACUAUCGUCGUUUUCGGAUAUGUGAAGCGCAUAUGAAGUCCAUGAGCUUGAGCAUUGAGGGCCGGUCUUGCCGCUUCUGCCAACAGUGCGGCAAAUUCCACCUGGUUGAGGAGUUUGACGGUCUGAAUAGGAAUUGCCGAAAGGCACUUAUGAUACGGUUCUAUAAGCGGCGAAAUCUGCCCGUGACGUCGUUCAGCCGGCCAGAAGCUGAGGCUGCUGCAGCGGCAGCAAAGGCAGCGGCGGCCGCCGCCGCCCGGCAGCAUGCGGAAACAGGGCGGGAACCCCGCAAGCGCGGCAGGCCCCGCGCACCGCGUCCCGACAUUGAGGAGGAUGAUUACGUGGGGGCCAACAGCGGCGGCAGCGAUGGUGGCGGCACCCAGCCCGAGGCCUUCGAGGGUUGCUCCCUUCCCGGCAACACCGCCGCCGCACGCGCGGCCGCUGCUGCCGGCUUCGACGCCAGCCUACAAGCAGCCUACAUCGCUGCGUCGCGGGGCUUCCAGGGCACCGGGUCGGGAGUGAACCCGGGCAUGCUGCCAGCAACAGCCAUCGGGCCCCCCGGCUACAGCCAGGGCAUUGUGCGUAUGGCGGGUAUCGAGGUUGCGCCCGAGGUGCCUGAGGACCGCUCCAUGCUGCCCGCGGCGCGGAAGCGCCGCCCGCAGGCAAAGGCCCUUGCCGCGGCGGCGGCGGGAGCCCCCUCAAAGCUCGGCCGUGGCCCAGUGAUGACGGCUCCAUUGGGGGGCUCGCUCGAUUUGGACGGUGACGACGACAACGACAUGCUCAAGAACCAGCAGGGCAGCGCUGACCCAGAUCAGCCCCUUGGUGGUGGCAACAGCCUGCUGCUGGCGAAUGGGCUGCAGCUGCCGCCCUCGCUGACGGGUAUCACGCUGGAGGGCAUGACGGUGGAGGACAUGCACGCGCACAUCCAGGCGCAGGUGGCGGCUCAGGUGCAGGCGCAGCUGCAGCUGGCGGCACAGGCGGAGGCGGCGCACAUGCAGCGAGGCGGAAGCGGAGGCGGCGCAAACGGAGGGCCCCCUGCAGGUGCAGCUGCUGCUGGCGGUGCUAGCAGCACUGGGAUUGGAGGGGUUGGAUUCGCCAGAAGCAGCGGCGGCCUUGGUGUGGGACUUGGUGGUGUUGCCGGCCUGGGGACGCUGGGACUGGGAGGGCUCCUGGGCCCGGGGCUGGGGCUAGGGCUGGGAGAAGGGGCGGCGGCCGUGCGCUACUUGCAAGGACAGCCGUCGGCGCAGCUGCCGCGUCUUACAGGCGGCGUAGGCGGCGGCGGUGGGGGGAUGAUGGGCGGCCUGGGCGCCUGUGGCAGCGGUUGCGGCAGCGGCCAGGGCUCUCAGUCGAGGAGCAGUUCCAGUCACAGCAGCCAGGGGCGCCAACAGGACAGGGGCCAGCAGGGACAGCGACGGUUGGAGCUGCAGGAGCCGCCGCCGGGCCCGGGGGGACUUGGGUCGGACGGCGGCGGCACAGGGCUGACUGCUGCUGGUGCUGCUGCUGCUGCUGGCGGUGCUGGUGACGUGGCGGCCCCGCGGAGGCCGGACAAUGCGCUUGCCGCGUUGGGUGCUGCGCUGGCUGGGGC